GCAACACUUUUACAUUUCCCUGUCCUGUAUUCUUUUUCGGCUGGCUGUAAGCUGUUGUUAAGCUGUGUGUACGAGUUUUAUGUAAUUAUUUAAUAUCAAAUUAUCGGUUGUAAAACUAAUUAAGUUAAAUUGUCAUUUUUUAAUCUAUAUUAGUGAAAAUCGAAGUAUUUUUUCACUUAUAUGCUGUGACAAACUGUAUUUAUCGAUCUAAAGAUUGCUACGCAUAACUAUAUUGUACACUAAUACUUUUGCUUUUUCGAUAAUAUAAUGGGACGAUCUAGAAGUGGUAGUAGAUCUCCUACUAGGCACAAGCAUAAAAGUAAACAUUCUCACAAGAGAUCUCAUUCUAAAGACAAAAGAGAAAGAAGAAGCAAAUCGAAAAAAUCGCAUUCUCGGGAACGAUCUCGAUCGAGAUUAUCAAAGUUAGAAUUGAAUAAGCUAGAUAGACACUCUCAAGAUGGUAACAAAAAACGAAAACGCUCUCACUCUUCGUCUUCAUCAAGCAGCAGUAGUGAUGGUGUCAGUGGUUAUAGUUCUCAUUUGAGGAGGUUAAAAAAAAUGAAUGAAGUUGACAGAUUAGCUGAAAUGGAGAGGAUGAGGAGGCAAAAAGAAUUAGAAUCUAGACUAGUUGAAGAAGAAACUUCUAAGCGAAUUGAAGAAAUUGUUGCUAAAAGAGUUGAAGAAGAGCUUGAAAAAAGGAAAGAUGAUAUUGAGAAGGAAGUCUUGCGCAGAGUCGAGGAAGCUAAGAAAAUAAUGGAAAAACAAAUGCUAGAAGAAUUAGAACGUCGCCAAAAACUGGAGCUUGAAGCUCAAAAAUCUAAGGAGGAAGAAGAAAAGAAAAAGCGAGAAGAGCUUGAAAGAAUUUUAGAGGAAAACAAAAGAAAAGUUGAUGAAGCUCAUAAAAAAUUAGCUGAAGAAAGACUAGCUAUGAUUGAAGAGCAACGUAGAAUUGAUGAAGAAAGGAGGAGGCUUGCUAAAGAAAGAGAGAAAAAGGUUAAAGAAGAACAACAAGUAAUUUUAAACAAAGGAAAAGUGAGACCGAAACUUUCUUUUUCACUGAAGCCAGUAGUAUGAAGUGUAUAGAUUUUAACAAUUAUUUAAAUGAUGUACUCAUAUGUACUGAAUUAACUUUCAAAGAAUUGUUGACUUUUAUUGUGUUGUGUAAAAGAGUAAGUAUUAAACUUUACACUAAUUGUGGAAUGCAUAAAACUUGUCAUUCCAUGUCAUCUCUUUUUAAUGAAUAUUGUUUCUUCAAAACCAAAGCAUAAAUUGCACUGUUUUUGAUUUACGAAAUUUAGUUUUAUUUAAUUAUUAUUGUAACUACCUUGUUAAUACUGAGUGCAUUAAUAAAUGUUAUUUUUAAUAAUUUGAAUUAUUAACAUGGCUAUCUAAAAUCUGCAAAGUAACUAUAAAUAACAAUUUUAAUUGCCAAUGCCAUCUAAGAUUCUUUCAGUAAUAUCUGUUUUAACUAAAAACAAUGUAACAACUUGAAGGAAAGUAAAUUUAAGUUCAAAAAUAAUGAAAUAAUACAAACAUUUUAUAUUAAAUUUAAAUAGUAAUUAUUAACCUUUAUUUAUUAUAAAAGAUAGCAUAAACAAUGCUGAUAAAAUUUGCAGCAAUUAAGAAAUGAAAUGAAUAAGUGCCUGGGAGGGAAACCCUAAUAAUUCUAGGAUUUUUGAUAAUUUCCCCCAGGAAUAAUAAAAUUUAAGCAUUUUAAGUUAUAUAUUUUUGAAGGUAGAAUAAGAUGUUUAAUAAUGCUUAAUAUAAUGUAUGUCAGAAUACAUUCCUUGUGAUAUUUGAAAUCUUUAUUUGCUUUCAGUAAUUCCUUCAUUAAGAAAGCCUUUUCUUUUUCUUAUUACUAUUUUACUUUUUGUUAAAGAAAAAGAAUUUUUUUUAAGACAGGGUUCAUACAUUUUCUAGUUUGCUUUUUUUUAUGUAUCUAUUAAAAAAAUUUCCCUUUUGCCUACAUUCUAUAUUGAGAUUAUAUUUUAGUAAAUAUUAAUUUUUGGCAGCUUUGUUCCUCCCUCCUAUGUCUCAGUAUAAAGCAACCUUCUUAUAAAGCUAAAUUGAUUUUAAUAUUCAAUGAAUUUUUGAGAUAAAUUUAAUUUUAAAAUUUCCUUUUUACAUAAACCAGAUUUUAUUUCCUCCCCUAAUUUCUCAAUAAUUUUAGGUGUACUCAGUUGAUCUAAUUUUUAAACAUGUUUGAGAUUUUCGAUUUCUCAUUAUCUAUAAAAAAAUUUUCCUUUGAGAUACUGAGUAAUCUUAUCAAAGUAUUUAAAACGAUUUUAGAUAGAAUUAUAUGAUAUUCACUGUCACCUUUUUCCAAAUAAUGAAUUAUUUUUUUUAAAAAAAGACAUAUUAUAAUUUCAUUUUUGCAGGGUUUUUUCUUUUGCUAUUAUUAUGCUCUAAGAAAUGCAGCUUAAUGUCAUACUUAUUUUUUUAAUCUGUAUUAUUUUUUUCACUUGAAUUUUCUGUCUAACAGAUUAAAAUGCUGCAAUGUUCUCCCAUUUUUAAGAUGAUCAAUAAGUAUGUAAAAAACUCAUACCUUCAACUGGAUUACUUUUGACAAUUUUGAAAAUUCAUAUUUUAUUUCAACAAAUGUGUAUGAACCCUGUAUCAUCCUUUUCUUUGUCAAGUGAUAAUUAAAAUGAACUAAAAUUUUUGACAUUACGUUUAGCUUAGUGCUAUAACUCAAUUAUAUUUAAUGUAAUUAGUGAAAAAUAAUAUGUCAUUAUGCAAUUUUAUUUGUGUGGUGUAUUUAUUUCCAUGUUUCGAACGUUGUACUGUACUACAUUUCAAUAUCAUUAAUUUAUUUUCAAUGUAAAUAAACAAAGUAGUUCAAAUUUUUUUAAAAAAUAUCAAUAAAAUAUUGCAUAAUAUUAAAUAAGUUGAGUUCGUCAGAAAAUAACAUUAUUGGCUGAUUAAUCUUCUUAAAAUAGUUUUCCUAACUAAUUUAUUCAUUUUGAUUUAAACCUAAUAUUUAGUCAUCAUUUUUCUUUUACCUUUGCAAUUUUACCCCUCUGACUUUUGCACGAAUUUUAGAACUUCUGAUUAAAAAAAAAAGUACAUAUUUCUAGAAAAGCAGAAGGGAAUCUUUAUUCUCAUAAAUAUCUGAACACUAAAUUUUACUAUUGCUACUAACUGGUGUUCUAUUGCGUACGGAAUAGACUCACUCUCAGCAUUCUGGCAUUGUGUUUACUAUUGAAUUGAUUACAGUUCCUUAACUCUUUCCAGUGCCAGUUUAAACUCUUUCCAACCAUUAUUAAAGUGUUGCCAGACUGGCAACAUUUUAUUCAAAAUUUUCACAUACCACUAGAAAUGUAAAACUAUUUGCUUCUGAACAUUCAUCAGUUUUUAGCUACCUCUAUUCUUUAAGCAACAAAGCGAUAAAGUAUGUCUCUUCAAUGAGAAAACACUGACUGAAGUCACAGUUGCCAAUGUGUUUGCCUUACUAAAAUUUGCAACUGAGAUUUACUGUUUCACAAAGGGUUAAACUUGAGUAAUAUUCUUACAUGUACUCAAUAAAUAUUAGCGUCAGCUUUAAGUAUUAAAGUACAAAAAAGAGGAUUUUAAAAAAUUACUAUUGUAGUUAAUAAACUGCAAAUAAUUUAAGAUAAUGUUUUUGAAAGUUUUCAAAACGUUAGCGCUGUAACUUUAAUGUUUGCGCUGUAACUUUAGAAAAGUUUUUUAAAUCAUUAAUUUUAAUAAUUUUUUACUCUAGUAUUGUUUUAUAAAUUCUAAAAUCUUCUUGACUUUGUAUUUUAAUAAUUUUUUUUCCUAUCAUAAUUCUAUUAAUUUUUAUUAAUGAAUCCAAUAAUAACAAAUAUUUAUUUUUUGUAAAAUUUGAUAGGCAUACAAUCAAUUAUAAAGUGCAGUAUCACGCAGAUUAACCGGAUUGUCCUAUUAUCUGGAUCGUUCAAGGGUGAUGUGUUUUCCCCACCUUCCUUAAUAAAACAAAUAUCAAAAAUGGCUUCUAUUUUUUUUUUACUCUGUGACUUUCCACUUAGUUCAUGUUCUUUCCACCCUGUUUCAAGGUGGGUGGCAAAUAGUUUAUAAUAAUGAAACUGGUUUCUAAUAAAAUUCUAAAGAAUUUAAAGUUUUGAGCAAGCUACUUGUAAUGUGCUAUUAAAGACGCUACUACAAUUGCCCAUCCUAAAUCUUGAAAAAGUAUGAAGUUAUUUCUUUGUUUUAAAACAUUCUGAUGGCCGUUUUUUAUUGUUCAAUUAUUCGGAUCGGGUUUGGUACGGAUAAUCGGCACUCUAAUAUAUUAGUGGGGAAAACCGUCAAAAAGCAUAAAUUGAAAAUGUUUAAGAACUGAAUAUGAGAAGUGUUUUAUUAAUGUAAACUGAAUUUUUAUUUUUUGCUCGUCGCUAGUAGUUGGCCAUAAAAAAAAUAAUAAUACAAGACUAUUUGCUAAUUCAUAAAUUUUUUAUUCAUAAAUUAGCAAAUAAUACAUCCAUUUUUAUUUUUCCUCUGUUGCAAAAAGCUAAUUUUUAAAUUUUAAAAAUCCCAAUUAUGCUAGCUUUGUAAAAUUUAUGAAUUAGUUUGGAAGUGAUUCACAAUUACUUAAAACAUGUUUAGAUUUGUUUAGUGGUUCACAUUUCUCCCCCAAGAAAUUUAGUAAGUCUCAAAUGUCUUAAGCAAACUUCACAUUUAGUUUCAGUCAUUUAUGAAAAUAUAGUUUUAGCAUGAACAAAGUUUAAAAAAAUCUAGGGAGAAAAAAAAAUUGGCAUAAGAACUUUUUUUCUUUUUCAAAAUAGUUUUUUAAAAUUUUUUUUUAAAGAAACAUGACUAAGUUCUUGUUCUUACAAAGAAAAGCCUAAUUACUUAUAAUAAAUAAAAAUACGACUUAUUUUAUGCCUUACACAUUUUUAACUUUUAAUCAUUUAUGCUUGUUUUGUAAAUAUGGUUUUGAGUUCGUUAAAACACAUUAUGUAUCAUUGUUUGUUUCUUUCAAAAUAAAAAUAUUAUUAUGGUUU